AUGGCGCCUUCAUUAAGAUCAUUAAUAUGCACCUGCCUGCUCGCCCUCCUUCCCUUCUCGAGCGCCGAAAACCGCCUCACCUCGACCUCGCUGAACGCCUGCCAGGCCAACAGCAGCUUCAGCGCCACCCUCUUCGAUGUCGUAUUUACACCCAAUAACGGUACUUUUGCUUGGGACGUCAACGGUGUCAGCACCAUCAACGGCAAUGUGACGAUUUCGGUGAACGUCCUUGCGUAUGGCUUGAAUAUCAACACCCAGGAGAUCAACCCUUGUGACCAGGAGGAGCUACGUGGCAUGUGUCCGAUGCGAGAAGGUCCCAUCAAGAUGGACUCCAAUGCGAAACUCCCCUCUUCUGCCUUGUCAGCCAUACCUGGCAUCACAUACACCGUUCCAGAUCUCGAUGCAAAGGUCCGAAUUACCUUCAACAUGACGAAUACUGGCGAGCAGGUCGCUUGCGUCGAGGCUGAGCUCUCCAACGGGAAGACGGUGGAUCAGAAAGGUGUGGCUUGGACAUUGGCGGUCAUUUCAGGCAUCGCACUGGUCUCCUCCGCCAUCACCUCUGGCCUCGGACACUCCAACACCGCCGCGCACGUGGCUUCAAACGCACUGUCGCUGUUCGGGUACUUCCAAGCUCAGGCUUUCAUCGGCAUGACUGCUGUAGAGCUGCCACCCAUCGUGGCUUCCUGGACACAGAACUUCCAGUGGAGCAUGGGUCUGAUUGGCGUCGAUUUCAUCCAGGACAUCGCGACGUGGUAUCAGCGCGCUACUGGUGGAACUCCAUCUGAGAUCUUGUCGGACCUUGCCGAGACUUCCGUGCAAGUCCAAAAGCGUGGUCUGGAACUGGCCUCCAACAUCAUCAAGCGGGCCGGACUCGUCGCACGCCAGUCGGGCGGCGAAAGCACUGCGGCAGACACGAGCACCACCGUCAUCAUCCGCGGCAUCAAGCGUGUCGGUUUCCGCGCGGGGAUUGAGCCCACCAAUAUCUUCCUGACGGGAUACAUCUUCUUCAUUGUCUUCAUUUUCUUCGUGGUGCUCGGAGUGGUCCUCUUCAAGUUCAUCUGCGAAGGUCUCGUCAAGGCUGGCCGCCUAAAGCACGAUCAAUUCCAGGACUUCCGCAAUGGCUGGACCACAGUCCUCAAGGGAAUCCUCUACCGCAUUGUGGUCAUUGGCCUUCCGCAGAUGGUGGUGCUGUGUUUCUGGGAGUUCACGCAGAACGAUUCGGGUGCAGAAGUUGCCCUCGCGGUCUUCACCGUCUUCACCAUGAUCGGCAUACUUGGGUGGGCCUCCAGCAAAGUCAUCCGACUCGCGCGCCGCAGCAUCAACAUGCACAAGAACCCGGCCUACAUUCUCUACUCCGACCCAGUCUCGCUUAACAAGUGGGGCUUCCUCUACGUCCAGUUCAAGGCCACGGCAUACUUCUUCAUCGUCCCGGUGCUGCUCUACGUCUUGAUCAAGGGGCUAUUCAUCGCCCUUGCGCAGGAGAGUGGCAUCACGCAGGCCGUCUCUUUGGUCGUCAUCGAGGCGGUGUUCUUGAUCGCCGUCUGCAUCAUGACGCCGUACAUGGACAAGAAGACGAAUGCGUUCAACAUCUCGAUCUGUGUCAUCAACUUCAUCAGCGCGAUCUUCCUGCUGGUGUUUAGCGAUGUCUUCAACCAGCCGGGCAUCGUGACCGGCGUGAUGGGCGUCAUCUUCUUCGUCUACAACGCCGUCUUCUCGACCGUCCUCAUCAUCAUCGUCCUGGUUGCUUCCGUCAUUGCGAUCACGGCCAAGAACCCGGACACCCGCUACCAGCCCAUGCGCGAUGACCGCAGCAGUUUCAUCAAGUCCCAGUCGCAACUUAACACGGAGCUCGACGCACUUGGUGCCACCGCGCGCGGGGAGUCCAAGCACGGCUUCACCAGCUCCAAGGGCGCCCGCAUCGAAGACGACGACGAGAGCUGGUCAGGCAGCGACCACAGCAAGCCCGUCAACACGUACGCGGACCCUCCCCGCAGCCCUUACGGCCCACCGUCCGACCAGGCCAGCGGCCGCCACAUGCCACCCACAUACCAAAGCCAACCGCGCACCGCCUCGCCCUACGACCAAAGCCACACGAACUCGAUGACUUCGCAGAAUCGGGCCCAGUACGGCGCGAAUCCAAGUCCUUGGCAACGAGGCGCAGGGUACGAUUAA